UACACUGACAUAAUUCAUUCUCUCUCUACAUUUCUAUAUAAGGGAACGGUUGCCUCCAUUUUCUUUCUUCAAAUCAUUCCAAUUGUGUUGUAAUUAUACAGUAAUCCCAUAAGAAACUUCUACUUCUCAAAGAUCACAUCGAAUGGGUAAGAAAAAUGAGAAAAAGAAUGAAGGCGAGAAGAAGGCGGCCGACGGCGGUGGCGGAAAGAAAGAUGACGGCUCCACCACCGUCGUGUUGAAGCUGGACUUGCAUUGCGAAGGCUGUGCGAAGAAAGUCAAACGCUCCGUAGGUCAUUUUGAAGGUGUUGAGAACGUGGUGGCAGACUGGGAAAGCGGCAAACUGACAGUGACGGGGAAGGUAGAUCCCUCAUGGCUCCACGAGAGAGUUGAAUACAAGACAAAAAAGAAGGUAGGGCUAGUUUCGCCUCAGUCGAAGAAGGAUGGUGGUGGCGGUGGAGGAGACAAGAAGUCGGAGGAAAAAUCUGAAAAGAAAGCAGAAGAAAAGAAGAGCGAGGAUAAAAAACCGAAAGAGCCGGUGGUGAGUACGGUGGAUAUGAAGAUUAAACUGCAUUGUGAUGGAUGCGCACAUAAGAUAAAGCGGACCAUAUCAAAAAAUAUUGAUGGUGAGUUGGUCUAACUAUACUAGAUUUAAUUAAUCAAUCUUAAUCAACUUUGCUUAUGCGUCAACUAAAUUAAAUGUUACUUCAGUAAAUUUGCUGUUAUCUACCCAACAAUUCGUCGCUAGUAGAUAUUCGGCAACACUAAUACACUAUGUCGUGUUUUCCAUCAAAUAUUUUACCAUUUAGAUUCUUGUCUUCAUUAGUUAGUUGUAUUUUUCUCUUAAAUGAUUUUAACGAGAA